CCCUAGCGAGCAUGGCAUCACGGCGCCCUCCAAUUCUAUCUAGGGUUUUCCAUCUCUUCCUCUUUCUCCUCACCCUCAUCUCCGCCGCCUCCGCCAUCGAGAUCCUUUCAAAAUCCAAACUGGAGAGGUGCGUCAGAACCUCCGAUUCCGACGAUCUCGACUGCAAGAAGAAGGUCGUCAUCAAUAUGGCUGUCCCCAGCGGAUCGAGUGGCGGGGAGGCUUCAAUGGUUGCAGAGCUUGUCGAGGUGGAGGAGAAUGAUACGCAGAAGAUGCAGACCAUCCGUUCGCCGCCGGUCAUCACCAUCAACAAGUCAGCUGCAUAUGCGCUCUAUGAGUUGACAUACAUUAGGGAUGUCGCUUACAAACCUGAGGAGUUUUAUAUCAAAACCCGUAAAUGUGAACGAGAUGCAAGUGCAAGAGUUGUUAAAAUAUGUGAAAGAUUACAUGAUAGGGAUGGCCAUGUAAUUGAGCACACGGAGCCAAUCUGUUGUCCAUGUGGGCCCCAGCGUCGUGUUCCAUCCUCCUGUGGCAACUUUUUUGAUAAAAUAAUGAAGGGGAAAGCCAACACUGCACAUUGCCUCCGAUUUCCAGGUGAUUGGUUCCAUGUUUUUGGUAUUGGAAGGAGAUCGCUUGGUUUUAGUGUCCGAAUUGAAGUAAGAAAAGGAUCUUCUAUAUCGGAAGUCAUUGUUGGUCCAGAGAAUAGAACAGUAACAUCGAAGGACAAUUUUUUAAGAGUUAAUCUUAUCGGCGAUUUUGUUGGCUACACAAGUAUUCCUUCAUUUGAGGACUUCUAUCUUGUAACCCCUAGAUUGUUUGAUUGCUCGAAGGGAGCACUCAUAAUGAAACCAGAAGAGGUUGUUACUCGCUCAUUCUACUUGUAUCCAAGAACAGAUCAAGCUGCAAAAUAUGAAUGUGCAGCAAUUCUAAAAGCUUCUGAUUUUAAUGAACUUGAUCGGGCAGAGUGCCAGUUCACCACAACCGCUACAGUUCUUGAUAAUGGAACACAGAUCAUUCCUGCUUAUGAAUCAGAGAAGAACAGCAUAAGAGGGUUUUUUAAAGCUAUUGGGAAAAUGUGGCAUAAAUUCUGGGAUGGUGUGGUUGAUUUCUUCAUUGGUAAAACAUGCAGAUACAAUGCACAAGUUUCUUUUCGAUUUUCGCUGCACAUAUAAUACAUAUGCAUGAUGAUCUUGAUGUUUACAUUGCUUCUAGCAAUCUUCCCAACAGUUAUUGUGCUACUCUGGUUGUUACAUCAGAAAGGAUUCUUUGAUCCAUUAUAUGACUGGUGGGAUGACAGAUUCAUGUUAGGCAGCCACAGAAGAAGAACAUAUUCAAAGCAUGGUAAAGAAUUCGGACAAUCUCGCACUCAUGCUAAAUAUGAUCAACAUCUUGCACGCCAUAAUGACGGUAAAUACCAUCUCAACAUGAAGAGAAAACGGCAAAGCAGUCAUUCACACCAUGUUCUUCACAAAAAUCAUUAUCCUGAUGUCUAUCAACAUAAGCUUGAUCAUCAUCACCGUCUCCAUGUUCAUAAAGCUAGACAAAAACAUAGACAUGGAAAAGGCAAUGGCAAUGCACAUGAUUCACUUAAGGCAAUCAAAAUUCAUGGAGAAAAACACAAGAGGCACACCCAUGGUCACAACAGGAUACAUGAAUUGCAUGCUGGUUAUAAUUCUGAAGAGGAGUGAUUGUGCACUUCUUUAUACAUUUCUUUUGGUUUUUGUAUUAUUUUCCUUUUCAUAUCAUGUGUUGUUUAUAUGGUUUUACUGAAAUAUUCUGGUUUUAU